AUGCAAAAGAUAGGGACUGCUUCAAAACGAACAGUGAAUGCUUUAAUAAUUAUUGAUGUUCAAAAUUGUUUCAUUAAUGGUGAAUUAGCCUUAUCAAAUAGUCCAGCAAAACAAAAGGGAGAAGAUGUGAUACCUGUUAUCAAUAAUCUUUUGAAAACUGUUCCGUUUGAUGUUGUGGUCUACACACACGACUGGCAUCCACCUGAUCAUAUUUCAUUUUUCAAAAAUUUGAAACAUCGACAAGGCUAUGUGAAACAUGGAUCAAAACUCCCUAAUGGACCGUUUGAUAAAGUGCAUUAUAUUGGUCCAGUAGUAGAAACUGAGCAAGUUCUCUGGCCAAAUCAUUGCAUCCAAAACACUUCAGAUGCCGCUUUACAUCGUGAUUUAAUCGUAACAAAAAAUAAUUCUAUACAUGUGUACAAAGGUACUCAUCGAGAUAUUGAUAGUUACUCUGCGUUUCGAGAUAACAAUCGAGUCACCGAAACAAAACUGAAUAUAGAACUAAAACAACGAAAUGUAACAAAUAUUUAUGUAUCUGGUUUGGCGACGGACUAUUGUGUGGCAUUUACGGCUUUAGAUGCGAAAGACUACGGAUAUCGAACAUAUCUCGUAGAAGAUGCUUGCCGAGGAGUGGAUUCUGUCUCUAUCAAAAAUCAAUUAGAUUCAAUGAAACGUCAUGGAAUUGACAUUAUUCAAUCAUCUCAAGUUCUCAAAAUGAUCAACACUGGUACGACGAAACAAUUAAACUUUUGUAUGGCCGUUUUCUGUUGUCUACUAGUAUUAUUACUAGAUAAGCACACAUACAUUUAA